UCCACAUAAAUAAAUUUUAUCAUGGAGAUUCUGGUGUUAUGCAUCUCAAUAGUAUUCUUGUUGUCCACCUUCAUAUUCUUGAAAAAUGGAAGCCAAAAAUCAAAUGGAAAAUUCCCUCCGGGCCCACGGAAGCUGCCCUUGAUUGGGAACAUACACAAUCUGAUGGGCGCGGUUCCUCACCGCGCCCUUCACCAGCUCGCCCAGAAGCUGGGGCCCAUGAUGGGCCUUCAGCUGGGCGAGCUCUCUGUUGUUGUCAUCUCCUCCGCCGAUGCUGCAAAGCAAAUAAUGAGCACCCACGACGUCAACUUCGCAUCUCGGCCCCCGAUUACAACAGUAGAGAUAAUCGGCUACGGGUGCACGACCAUCACUUUCAGCCCCUACGGCGAGUACUGGAGGCGGCUGCGCAAGAUCUGCACGCUCGAGCUUCUGAGCGCGAAACGCGUGGAGUCGUUCCGGUCACUGAGAGAGGAGGUGUUUGUUGAUCUCAGCAGGAGGUUCGCAUCCAUGGAGGGAUCGGAGAUCAAUUUCUCCGACGAGUUCAACUCCGCGACGUACGCCGUGAUUUCGAGGGCAGUCAUAGGGGAUGAGAAGAAGCAGCAUCUGGCUUUGCUCCAUCAUGUGAAAGAGAUGGUGGAUUUGUCGGCGGGGUUUGAUAUCUCGGAAUUUUUCCCUUCCAUCAAAUUAUUCAAGUUGGUGAGUAGAUUGAGAAGGAGGCUUAUAGUUUUACACAAAGAGAUAGAUGGGAUACUUGAGAAUGUCAUCAAUCAACAUCGAAUUGCUAAUUCUGUCAACCAUGAAGAUCUCCUCGAUGUUCUCCUCAAAUAUCACCAAGAUGGACUUACAAUGGACAACAUCAAGUCUGUCGUCGGGGACAUGAUAGGUGCUGGAAGUGAUACAUCAUCCACACUAAUGGAAUGGGUCAUGUCUGAACUCCUCAAAAAUCCAAGAAUACUUGAAAGGGCACAACAAGAGGUGAGGAAGGUUUUCGAUGAAGAGGGAUACGUGGACGAGUCGCUCAUUCCGCAGCUCAAGUAUCUGAAGUCAGUUGUGAAGGAGACUCUGCGGAUACAUCCGCCCGUGCCUCUGUUACUUCCAAGAUUAUGCGGUGAAACAUGUGAGAUCGAUGGAUAUGAAAUACCAGCAGAAACCAAAAUCAUCGUCAACGCAUGGGCAAUAAACAGAGACCCUAAAUAUUGGGAUGAUCCUGACUGCUUUCAACCAGAGAGAUUUAUGGAUAAUGUGGUGGAUUAUAAAGGAAAUCAUUUCGAAUAUAUCCCAUUUGGUGCUGGAAGGAGAAUAUGCCCUGGCAUGGCAUUCGGCAUGGCCAACGUUGAGCUCCCUCUGGGAUUGUUUUUGUAUCAUUUCGAUUGGAAAUUAGGUGGUGGGAUGAAGCCUCAAGAUUUAGAUAUGGAAGAGGCAUUUGGUGUGACAGCAAGAAGGAACAAACAACUGUGCCUUGUUCCGACUAUCAAAAGACCUUUGCCUACCUAAUAAAUCAUAGAUUUAAUUACUUUGUACGUUCUGUGCAAGUACUUUAUUGAUUCGAGAAUCUAAUACAUAUUUUUUAUUGGAAAGGUUUACACAUUCUAGGCAAUUUUGAAUAAAACUAACACUUAUCGUCUUCACAUUGUCACGGGCUCGACAAACAUUAUCUUUACCCAUUCUUUGGACUUGAUGGCAUUGGCAUAGCAAUCGUCGUCUUCAUAGAGAAGGUUCAUACCGCGAUCGAGAUUGAGAAUGCGCGUAAGGAUCGGCAUUGAUGCCGGCCUUGGCUCAAGGCAUUCUUGAUUCGUAUCCUUCCACGCGUUCCUCACUUGCUGUCGAAGUUCACCACGAACUUCCUCGUCCGACAUGCCGUAUUGCUUCAUAUAACAAUCAAUCAACGAUGUUUUCUUCU